GAUAUCUCCCUCAACUCGUUAUCGUCGCCGCAAAAAAUGGGCAACGAGGGGUCUUCGAAUUGCGAAGAGGAGCCGCACGGCAACUUCAGUACCGUCUACGGUACCACGGACGUUCCCGAAUGGGAGGCCACCAUCACCAUUAUAAUACUGUCGCUGUUCAUACUCCUUACUAUCAUAGGCAAUAUACUGGUAAUACUCAGCGUUUUCACCUACAAACCCUUGAGGAUCGUGCAGAAUUUCUUCAUCGUUUCCUUGGCCGUCGCCGAUCUCACCGUGGCCGUGCUGGUACUCCCCUUGAAUGUGGCUUAUUCAGUCUUGGGAAGCUGGAUUUUUGGCAUUUACAUCUGCAAAAUGUGGUUGACAUCGGACAUCCUCUGUUGCACCGCUUCCAUUUUGAACCUAUGCGCAAUAGCCCUGGACCGCUUCUGGGCCAUAACAGACCCGAUAAACUACGCCCAGAAGCGAACGGUGAAGAGAGUCCUGAUGAUGAUAGCGAUAGUCUGGAUACUAUCGUUGAUAAUCAGCGUGCCGCCGCUAAUCGGCUGGAACGAUUGGCCGUCGCCCGAGAACUUCACCCUGCAACAGGUGUGCGUGCUGACGAAGCGCCAGGGCUUCGUGAUCUACUCCUCAUCCGGCUCGUUCUUCAUACCGCUGCUGAUCAUGACAAUAGUAUACAUAGAGAUAUUCAUAGCGACGAAGAGGCGGUUGCGGGAGCGCGCCAAGGCGGCCAAAAUCAACAUAUCGAAGGCGAACAGGAACGAGGACAACAAGGACAGGGAGAGCGUCAGCAGCGAGACGAACCACAACGAACACUUCGCCGAGCAGAGCAAGUCCACCAACAAGCUGCUGAAGAAGAAGGCGAAGAAGGCGGACAAGGCGAGCCUGAAGCCCGCCUUGGUGCACGAGGACUCGCUGACGGACGUCGGGGAGAACUCGUCGUAUUCGAGGAAGAAUUCGCACCAGGUGGCCGAGCACAAGCCGCACAACAGCUCGUCGACGACCAUCACCACGGUGACCAUCUCGAACUCGAAGCCGGUGCCGAAGGUCGUGCUGGGGGACAACAACAAGAAGCCCGGGUACGUGUACCAGUUCAUCGAGGAGAAGCAGAAGAUCUCGCUGUCGAAGGAGCGACGGGCGGCCCGGACGUUGGGCAUCAUUAUGGGCGUCUUCGUGGUUUGUUGGGUGCCGUUCUUCCUCAUGUACGUUAUCAUACCGUUCUGUCCGGUGUGUUGCCCGUCGAGGCGGUUCGUGAAUUUUAUCACUUGGCUGGGAUACAUCAAUUCGUUCCUCAAUCCCAUCAUUUACACCAUAUUCAAUAUGGAUUUCAGGCGAGCUUUCAGGAAGCUGCUGGGAUUGGGUGGUCAACUUCACUAGGAACUUUAAUUGAUAUGAAAAAGUUCUUUAAAGAACGCGUAAGUGAGUAUUUUAAUAUUGAAACUCCAACGAACGUUUAAUGAGUAUUUUAAGCGAGAACAAAAAUAAGUAAACACGUUAUUAAAAAUAAAGCAAAGAAAAAUAACAGCUCGUUAAAAUACCUACGUCGCGUUAGAUCCAUUCUAAUUUAUCAACUUUAGAGGUGGGUAAUAAAUUAAAACGCUCUGGAUGAUUCCGAAUAAAAUACAGCCCACUCAUGAAGAAUAACGAGCAGGCUUUAGCCGAGUGCAUUUAUCAAGGUUCUUUUUACGUUUUAAGAUCCUCAAACAGCAGCGAAUAUUUGCUACCGUAUAAUGGAACGUUGUUCGCGAAAAUAAAGCAACUGUUGGAAACCUUCGACAACAUAUUACAGCGCAUUUGUUUGCCUGUUAUCGUUCGAGUAGUAAUGUAUGGUCUUUCUAAAAUCAAUUUAAUGUUUUUUUCUCUUCUUAUCAGCGAGUUUGGUACGCAGUUUGGCAUGAUUUAUGAUUAAAGUUUAUGUAAAUAUUCUUUUUAUAAACCUAUCUAUUAGGGUUAAAUCUGGAAAUCUUGUGGGUCUCAUCUUAUCAACAGAACACUCGGAUUAGGAAUAGGA